GGAAUCCCCAAUUUAUACCUACAUAUGUACACGGAAGUUUUAUAUCAUUUGAUAAGACUACGAAUAAAGUAAAUAGAAGACUAUGAAUAACUGGAUAUUUCUACCAGCACUGGUGAUUGUUGUAGUGGGUGUCAACGAUGACCGUGCACCAACAUGGGAUUUCUGUAAUUGUCGAUGGGAUAAUUGGUCAGCAUGGUCUUCUUGUACGAAACAAUGUUACGGUCGACACCGCAGAGAAAGAAGUGUUUGGCACACAAAUAAAGAAGGAUGUACCGAUUUUUAUGACUGUGGUACUCCUGGCUCGGGACACCAGUAUGAUGACUGCAACAAGUUUUGCUACAAUGGUGGUACAUACGUAUCUUCAAAUACUGGUUGUAAAUGUGUUGAUGGCAAAUAUGGGCGAUGCUGUGAUAAAACUGUUACUUGUGCCACGCCCACCAAACCCGUCAAUGGAGAAGUGUUGUACAACAGUUUAACCUAUGGAAGCACUAUUACAUAUAGUUGCCGUCGUGAUUAUAAUAUGACGUCAGGAGUUUCCAGAAGAACAUGCCAGGCCAAUGGUGGCUGGAGUGGUGACGCUGCACGAUGCCAAUAUGUUAAUACAUGUUCCAGUAAUCCAUGUAAAAAUGGAGGAAGCUGUAUAAAUGGUGUAGAAAGUUAUACAUGUCAAUGUCAACCUGGUUGGAGUGGAAUUAACUGUGAAAAUGAUAUUCAGCCCCCUGUAAUGACCGGAUGUUCUGAAGAUCAACUGAUUCAUACCAACGAGACGUCACAUAAUGUCACGUGGUCCAUCCCACAAUUCUCAGAUCCAAUGAAUAAGGAAAUCACAAUAGUAACUAAUUACCCAGAAGGCUUUGUUGUGGCACCAUGGGGUGAUCAUGUUGUUCAGUAUGUGGCUACCAAACCGUUCAACGGACUCCAAACGGAAUGUAAAUUUACUGUACAAAUCAGAUCUUACCCAUGUCCUGAACUAAACAUACCAAUUAAUGGUGCUCGUGUAUGUAAUGGAUGGAAGACAGAAUAUGCUAGAGUUUGUUUAGUUUACUGUGAUAAAGAAUUUACUCUUCAAUUGGGUUCAUAUUCUGUACAACAUUGGUAUGUUUGUGGAGCCAGUGGUAAAUGGUUACCAUCGGCACCGUUACCAAACUGUACAUUGCCUGAUAUCAAGAUUGGCUCAGGAAAUGAUUCACCAGAUUAUCAGUAUACCAGUUGCCAUGACGAUUCUGUUAAACAGUCUUACAUACGUAGGCUCAAGUCGUCCAAUCAAAAGGCGUUGUGUGAUAAAAAUCCGGAUGAAUGUAAAUCAGAUAAUGUCUCCGUCGAUUGUUAAUAACUCUCACUAGAUCUGGAGAAAUUCGAUUGCUAUAUUUUAUUCAUUAUUGACAAUAUACUCACAAUACCAAAUGACAGUUUUAUUUUCAAUUCACCAAGUCGCUACCAGGACGAGACUGGUAAUUGCUUCCCCUGAUAUCACGAAUGUGCUUUCCAUUGUUAUCCCCCCCCCCCCGCCUUUUGUAUGACGGAUAUUCUUGACUAUUUGGUCGAGAAUCUAAGAAGAGUGUUUGAGUUUCCAUUUGAUAUUUGUGAUUUUGAGGAGUAAGUAUCAAGAAGUUAACAAAUAAGAAUUAUAGAAAUUA